AAAGACGGUUUUCAACAUUUUUGUCCUUUCACGGCACCCAUUCAGAAAAUACCGUAAAGCCCCAAAUAGUGCAGCCUUAGAUCUGCUAGCUUGAUGCAACGUAGCAUGCUAAAUCGGCGUCUUAUUCUCAUACCGCUUAACAACAGGGAUGCUGUUUACUAUGCUUGAUAUAUGUUUAGUUAAGUAAAAUUUGGCAAAUUAUAUGCGCUUUUAUACUGAUGACGAGGCUUCGACGAGUAAAGUGAAAGGAUCGAACCCAGAAAGAUGGAGGCCGCAAAUUUCGCCUUGCGCUGUCAGUGGACAUUACGGUGUAUUUCCGUUUCCGCUCACCGACAGCCGAUUUUUAGCUCUAUCAAGACGACCUACGACAAGAUUCAGGCAUCAGAAACUUCCUGGCCAGGCUGCUACGACCGAAAUCUACAACCAACCAAGAACACAGCCACAGAGUGAACAAUUAUGUCUUCAAAGAAGCCCAUGUGGUCUAAUAAAGAAGCACAAUUUGUAAAGCUUUGGCAGCAACGUGAGUGCCUAUAUAAUAUUUCCUCCAAAGACUACCACGAUCGAUCUAAAAAAGAAAGCGCUUGGAGGGAAAUAUCAGAAGAACUGCAAAUACCAACGAGAGAGGUCAUAACCCGUGCCGCUUCGCUUCGGACUCAGUAUGGAAAACUCGUGCACCCCAAACCUGGUGGAAGUGGGACCAAGGAACUCACAUCUCGACAAAAGUGGAUCUUAAAAAGCAUGGAAUUCCUCAAGUGUCACGUGUUGCCACGUCAGGCUUUCAGCACACUGGAGUGUGUGGAUGAUGUGGGAAAUGAAGAGCAAGACUGUGCAGAGGAGACAGAUGAUCCAGCCUCAUCAGCACCUUCACCUCAAGAAUCAUGGAACAGUCCCGUCACCCCCACAGUGAAUGCCCUGCAACAGCAUCAGCCGAAACGAAAGCGGGGCCACAAGAAAAGCAACAGCACUGAAACAGAGGAAAAUCUUGAGCGAGAGAAAGUGUCAUUAUUGAGAAAAGUAGUUACAAACGCUUUCAGUUCCAAAGAUUCUGAUGAUCUCUUUGGUAAAUAUGUGGCCAGCAAGAUGCGUCAAAUAACCGAUCCUGUGGAGAAAAUGAAAGCAGAGCAGUCUAUCACAGCAAUAUUAUAUGCAGCGCAGGAAAGGAGCAUGUCAGGAACCCAACCUCCGACAGAACCCUGUGACCCGACACCACAGCCAGUGCUUCAGGAUUUCCCUCAACUCACAUCACACACAUUAAAUAUUCAGGUUAAAGAAGAAGACAAAGAAGAAAAACUCUUUUCAGAAAGAAGUUAAUUGAUUUCACUUUUUCGAUGUUAAAAAUUAUGGAUGUUUUAUUUAUUUUUUUAUUUUUAAAUAAUGUUUGUUUUUUACACCAAAAACAAAAAAUCACAUGUGAAAUUUGAAGGACUAAUUUAUGCGUUUGUCAUUCAUUUGCAUUGGAUUUUCAGCUCCAGGUAUCCGCAAGUGAAGUCUUCAUUCUUAUUUCACUUGUAUUUACACAAGGGAUCUCAUUGAGACAUUGGGCCUCAUUCUGAAGAGAGAACACACAAGACUAUACUGUAGUUGCAGACAAAGUCAAUACUGUGCAUACAACAAUAGACCAUUUUGUAAUUAAUAUAGUUACAAAUCCGCAAAGUGGCAGAGCUCCAAAAUCUUGCUGCAAAAACGCUGAGAUUUGUAUGGAAACACCACGGGAAUUGAACCAAUUGAACCAGUAAAUUUACAUGGUUAUACAGACCUAAAUUGCUCUAAAUUGAUUUGUUUUAACUUCCCUUUAUGAUCAUAGAUUCUAUUUUUCAUGAUUUUAAAGCUAUAAGUAUGCUUUUUGAGCUUGUUGAAUUUAGAGUAGGCUAAUGUGAACCCGUAACUACAAAAUGGUCUGUAACGGUAUCACAAAAACAGCAUUGAAGUGUGUAUUUUGACAGCCAUAUUUGAGAAAACAACAUACAUUUAGUUUGUUUCUCUAUUUUUAAAACUGAAUGUCUUAAAGAUAUUUUUCAGGAAUUGCAAUACGUUUUGCUGUAAGUUUUAAUUUGGAUAUCUAAAAAAAUAUUAUUUCAAAACAUUUAAGCUAGUAAGAAUAUUCUUAGUUUUAAUACUGCACUGAGAGAAUGCCAUUUUGAUGGAACAAGGAACGCUAUUAUUGACGCUUUAAAAAGCAAUUGGUGAAAGUAGUGCGUUUUAAUUACAUGUUGCAACGGUCUGCCAUAAAAAAUCUGUGUGUAUGUGACCGCAUUGAGUCGCUAGAGGUUAUCCGAGGCUCACAUCGCCACGCUGACUUUUCCCAAAACAUUCCCUCCACCCGGCUGGCUGCUCGUGCUACGUCACAACCACUCCCCUCCCGCCUCGUGCAGCGCUGGUUAGUGUUUAGUGGCACGAGACCAGAGCUGUUCUUGUGUACAAAUUGUCAGCUGUGUAUGGUUUAUGUUGUUCCGUUAAAAGUCGCCUUUCUGUCGCUGGACUUUGGUUUAACUUCAAUACCGUUUUUUCCCCUUUAAAUUCAAACUGUCAGACCUGUGCCCCACCAUCGACGGCUCGCGCCCUUUGUAACUGAAGUCAAUGGUGAG